AUGCCAGUCCACUCGCGCCCGCGGCACCCGUCGCUCGUCGCCCUCCUCGCAGCCCUCGUCUCGGCACUCCUCGUCGCCUCGUUCGUCCCCUCAGCCAGCGCAGCCUCGCUCCUCGCCAUCGACUACGGCACAGACUCGUUCAAAGCGUCCGUCGUCAAGCCCGGCAUUCCCUUCGAUGUCCUCUUGACCAAGGAGGGCAAGCGGAAGGCCCCUAGCAUCGUCACCUUUCGCGGAGAGGAGCGGCUCGUAGGCGGAGAUGCGCAGAGCUUGGCCACCCGCUUCCCCCAAGACACCCUCUCCUCCGUCAAGCUCCUCCUCGCGCACCCUCCCUCGCACGUCCAGUCCCAGCUGCACUCCUCCCUCUUCUCCAUCCCUCAAACAACCACCUCCCGCCACUCUCCCGUCCUCCAAACCUCCAAGCUCUCGGUUCCAGUCGAAGAAGCCCUCGCGUACCAGUUCGUUUACGCAAAGGAGAUGGCGGAGGAACAGGCGAAGGAGCCUGUUAGGGAGGCGGUUGUGACUGUUCCGGGCUGGUUUGCGGAGGCGGAGAGGAAGGCCGUGAUUGAUGCGGCUGAGAUUGCGGGACUGAGGGUUGUAGGGCUCGUCAACGAUGGGUCUGCAGUCGCCGUCAACUACGCCAUGUCGCGCACCUUCCCCCCCGAACCCUCCUACCACCUGAUCUACGACCUCGGCUCCGGCUCCCUCCGCGUAACCCUCGUCUCCCUCCGCUCCGCCAUGCUUCCCGACCCGCUCUCGCUCGCCGAAACUCCCCAGCUCAAGAACGUCACCUCCAUCGAGGUUCACGGGUUCGGGUACGACCUCGAUGUGGGCGGAUACGUGUUCGAUCGCGCGGUCAGGGAUUUGUUGGUCGAGGCGUUUGAGGAGACGAUGGGGAAGCAGCUGGGGGAGGGGAGGAAGGUCACGGAUGAUAAGAGGGCUAUGGCGAAGUUGUUGAGGGAGGCCGCGCGCGUCAAGCAGGUCUUGAGCGCCAACACUGCUGCGAUGGCCCGGAUUGAAGGCCUGAUCGACGACCUCGACUUCCGCACCGAAAUCACCCGCUCGGCACUCGAAUCCCGCGCCUCAUCUCUCCUCUCUCACCUCGUCUCGCCCAUCCAAUCCGCCCUAGACUCUGCCUCCCUCCCCCUCUCCUCCAUCGAAUCCGUCAUCCUAGUAGGCGGCUCCUCGCGCAUCCCGCUCGUCCAAAAAGCCGUCGCGGACAAAGUUGGCAAAGACAAGAUUGCGAAGAAUGUGAAUGCGGAUGAGGCAGCUGUGCUUGGUGCGGCGCUUUAUGGAGCGGGAAUUACGAGGGGGUUCAGGACGAAGGAUAUGAGGGUGAGGGAUUUGGUGCCGUUUGGGAUUGAUGUUGCGUAUGAGGCGGAGCACAAGGAGGGCGCCGACUCGCGGAUCAUCACGACGCACCUCUUCCCCGCCAACUCCGCGACCUCCUCCAAAAAGACCCUAACCCUGCGCAAAACGUCCGACUUCUCACUCGACUUCUCCUACGCCCCCUCUUCUUCCUCCUCCUCGGCCGCAGCACCGUCAGGCCACCUCUUCUCGACCCACUUGAAGGGCAUCUCAGCCGCUACUGCGAACCUCACGGCUGAGCAAUUGGUCAACGCUACGGUGCGCGUGGGUGUGGAGGUGGAUGCGAGUGGGUUGUUGAGGGUCGGAAAGGCGGAACUUGUGUUGCGUGAGGAGGAGGAGGGAGAGGGAGCGAAGAAGGGAGGCGUGACGGACAAGCUCAAGGGGUUGUUCAACAAGUUCUCCUCUUCCUCGGGGAAGAACUCGACUACCUCAUCCUCGUCCUCGGCGCCGACCGCCACCCCCGAGGAAGGCCUGACGGACGAGGAGAAGAAGCAGUUGGACGAGAUGAUUCGUCAAGCGCAGCUUCCGCCGGCUAGGGUUAGGUUGACGGUUGAGACGCAGGGUGGGGAAGGGGCGGCGGGAAUGGGGUCGGAGGAGAAGAUGGAGUUGAAGAAGCGACUCCGCGAUGCCAAGACCGCUCUCACGCGCAAACUCGCGCACGAAGAAGCGCGCAACGCCCUCGAAUCCUACGUCUACCGCGUCCGCGACCUGCUCGAGAACAACGAGGCGUUCGUCGCUGCGUCGGUUGAGAGCGAGCGCAGGGCUGUCAGGGAGGUGCAGGAACGGACGGCGGAGUGGUUGUGGGAUGAGGGGGAAGGGGCCGAGACCAAGGCAUUGAAGGAGAAGAAGAGGGAGCUUGAGAAACUCGUCAAGCACAUCCUCUCCCGUUCGACCGAGGCAGUCGCCCGUCCCGCCGCCGUCUCCUCACUCCGCGACCAACUCGCCAAAACUAGCACCUUCCUCUCGACCGCGCGCGCCGACUCUGCCGCACUCACCAAAUCCGACCCCUCCGCUCCUCAACGCUUCACGACCGACGAGCUCGACUCGCUCGACAAGCUCGUCAAGGAGUCGCAGGCGUGGCUCGACGAUGCGCUCAAGCGCCAGGAGAAGCUCAAGGCGCAUGAGGAUCCGGCGUUCAAGGUUGCUGAGGUUGAGAAGAAGCUGAAGGAGGUGGAGAGGGAGACGAGCAGGCUGGAGAAGAAGAAGCAGCCGAGGAGGAAGAAGGCGGUCAAGGCGACUCCGGCGGCGGCGGUGACGGAGGAGGAGGCGCAGGAGAAGCCGAAGCAGGAGCACAAGAAGGACGAGCUGUAG